CCAACCCUAUGAAAGAAGUACUGCUAUCACAUCCCCCUUUACAGAGGCAUAGAGAGAUUAAUUUACCCAGGUGCCCCUAGCUCUUGACAAAGUCUGGAUUUGAACUCGGGCAGUCUGGAUCCAGAGUCUGGGCUGUAAACCACCACCUGCAUCUCUACAGUUCCUCCACUCCAGCCACUUCCGUUGCUGCCCCUCUUGACAAUUACAUUAUUACUGCCUAUAGCAGGCUGCUGAGUUGGCCAUGUUUGACUUAGUGCUGCUUCACUCCAGCCCCUGCCGUGGCCGGGACUGCCUUUGACAUCCAACAGAGGAAACACCUUCCCCCCAUCCGGAGCCCGAGGUGGGGAUUUCCAUAGUAGAGUCGCUGGCCUCUGGUGAUAGAGUUCUUUCAGUUUUGCCGCAUGAUCUUGUGGCAGGGACUGGGUCCAGGUGCAGCUUUGGUUAUUUCUGGAAACACUUCUCCUUUUCUUUUAUUUUGUUAAGAUUGCCUUACCAGUCGUCCUCUCUGAAGGUGAUUUUGGCUCUUCUCCCCAGACCAUCAGACAUUUCUGUAGGUGUUGGAAUCUUUCAUGAUGGUUCUGGACUCUGCAAAUUUCCAGAUGAGUCCAAGCAUGGGGAGGGGAUGAUGUGUAUAUCAAGGUAUCCGUCCUCAGCCUUGUCCAGCUAAGACCCCUGUGAUUGCAGGUUGCUUUAUCGGCAGUGGUGAUCUCUAGGUGGUGGAUCACAGUGACAGCUAUAUUGUGCGCGUCAAGGCUGUGGUUAUGACCAGAGAUGACUCCAGCGGGGGAUGGUUCCCACAGGAAGGAGGCGGGAUCAGUCGCGUGGGGGUCUGUAAGGUCAUGCACCCCGAAGGCAAUGGACGAAGCGGCUUUCUCAUCCAUGGUGAACGACAGAAAGACAAACUGGUGGUAUUGGAAUGCUAUGUGAGAAAGGACUUGGUCUACACGAAAGCCAACCCAACCUUUCAUCACUGGAAGGUCGACAAUAGGAAGUUUGGACUUACUUUCCAAAGCCCUGCUGAUGCUCGAGCCUUUGACAGGGGAGUGAGGAAAGCAAUCGAAGACCUUAUAGAAGGCUCAACAACAUCAUCUUCCACCAUCCAUAAUGAGGCUGAGCUUGGCGAUGAUGACGUUUUUACAACAGCUACAGACAGUUCUUCUAAUUCGUCUCAGAAGAGGGAACAACCUCCUCGCACAGUCUCCUCCCCCACGUCCUGUGAGCACCGGAGGAUUUAUACCCUGGGCCACCUCCACGACCCAUACCCCACGGACCACUAUCACCUCGAACAGCCGAUGCCAAGGCCCUACCGCCAGGUGAGCUUCCCGGACGACGACGAGGAGAUCGUGCGCAUCAACCCCCGGGAGAAGAUCUGGAUGACGGGCUACGAGGAUUACCGGCACGCGCCGGUGAGGGGCAAAUACCUGGACCCCUCGGAGGACGCGGACUCCUACGUGCGCUUCGCCAAGGGCGAGGUCCCCAAGCACGACUACAACUACCCCUACGUGGACUCCUCAGACUUUGGCCUCGGCGAGGACCCUAAAGGGCGCGGAGGCAGCGUGAUCAAGACCCAGCCCUCCCGGGGCAAGUCCCGGCGGCGGAAAGAGGACGGGGAGCGCUCUCGGUGCGAGUACUGCCGCGACAUGUUCAACCACGAGGAGAACCGGAGGGGCCACUGUCAGGAUGCGCCCGACUCCGUGAGAACUUGCAUCCGCCGGGUGAGCUGUAUGUGGUGUGCGGACAGCAUGCUCUAUCACUGUAUGUCAGACCCCGAGGGGGACUAUACAGACCCGUGCUCGUGCGAUACUAGCGACGAGAAGUUUUGCCUCCGGUGGAUGGCCCUUAUCGCCUUGUCUUUCUUGGCCCCCUGUAUGUGCUGUUACCUGCCCCUGCGGGCCUGCUACCACUGCGGAGUGAUGUGCAGGUGCUGCGGCGGGAAGCACAAAGCAGCUGUGUGACUCGGUUUCCCUCCCCACCGCCCUCCAUCCACAGCCCCAAGGUGCCGUACUCUGCACCCCUGCAUCAGUCUCACCCACGUGUGCGCACACAGUGUUCUAAGGCAAGGAGCCGCCGCCCAGACCCUCGUGUAUUAUUAACAAUCUAAUCAAGCUAACCGUCUCAUCAUACAGGUGUUGAUUUCAUGUCCUUCCUGCCCACCUCGUCCAGUUCCAAGGCGCCUUCAGUGGGAACUGCUGAUUUUUUGGUGGGUUUUGUCGUUGGUUUUUCCAGGAGCUCCGAAGACCAUCUUUCUCUUGGUUGAGCUUGCCUGUGGCUGACGAGUUUGCUUCCUCAGGUUCCUGUGGAAAUGGAAUGCCAGAAUGAUGAAACCCUGCCAGAUGUAUUUUAACCUGCAGUCAGUUAUUAUGUGUAGGAGGUGAGCUAGUUAACAAACUUCUACCACAAAACGAGAUCGCUUUAACUUUUCUAAAGCCAAACUUCCCAUGUAAGCUGCAGUUUCUACCUUGAGCCCAUCAUCUUCUGUCUCCACACCCCUCCCCCCAAAAAAGUCGGUCAGUUACUCACUGAUGCAAAACAUUCUCUCGUAAAAUGACUGAGAACUGAGCCUUAACUUCAGAUUAACUUGCGAGAAUCAGGAAAAGUCUUUAAACUGCAUCGCAUCCUCUCAGACCAGGGCUAGAAAGGGGAUUCCAGGUUUCUCCGAGCCUCCCUGGUUACCCCAAAGGAGAACUUUUUAAAAUUAUGUCACCGCCACUUGUAAAAAUUUAGCAAUAUCAGAAGAAACCGCUAAUGAAGUAAGAAAUUUUGCUCAUUGUUUUGCAAACCAAAUAGUCUCUUCAAACCUCCUGAACACGGUCCAGUUGAGAAACGCUAAAGGUUGUAAAUAAAACUUAUGGGAGCUUUUUUCCCCCCAGUGGCUAUUUUCUAUUAACUGGGGGAAAUUUUAAAUGUCAUCAAUUUGAAGAGUGGUGGGUUGCAUUUUGUUCAUGGGUUUGUGUUUUUGUUUUCAUUUUGGACUCAAUUUCACGUCACCAAAUCCUUCGUUUACACUUGGGAAAAAACAAGGCCAUAUGUAAAAACCCUUCCGAUGCCUAAGUGUCUUUCUCCUGCAAACCCAAACUUGCCACUUUGGGUGCACGGAUGGUUAGGUCAGCAGGCUGGGUCCACCUGUCGCCUUGCCACGUAGGAGGCUUCUAAUUAGCUGGAAAAGAGUAUUUUUCUAAUAUAUUGCAAGGAAUAGCCAAAUGUUGUUGCAGAAAAGUGAAGAGUGGUUACCUGUACCUAGCACAGUACAAUCAGAACGCCGUGGAGACCAUAGGGGACAGGCUUGUCAGCGCUGGCUCUUCCCACCAUGAUCUUCCUGUGAUUAUUGCCAGCUGAGUGCAUGGCCUCAUUCCUCUCUCCCCACUCCCCCCACCCCUUCUCAAUUGCACACAGGACAUCAGUCUCCAAGGAAAGGGACUUUUUUUUCUAGUCUGCCAAUCAUAUUGGGAAAGUGCUAGCCACACUUACCUUCCUGGGAAUGUUUUCAGCUCACCUGAGAGCCCUUUGCAUUUCUUUAUCAGAUCACCGAUGUAAAUACCCAGUGUGCUUAUGAGUUUGUUGGUAGACGUUUUCGUUUGUCGAAGUGACUGGUUUGGGUCUUCCAGUUUGGGAAAGGAGCAGAGAGCUGUUAAUCUGGUGAUGCAAGAAAAGAGCCACUUCCCAGCCUGGAGAACAUCUAGAAACCUUCAGCCAGCCUCCAAAUGCUGCCGAAAGACCAUCUUCUCCCCCGUCCUGAGGCAUUUUCUCAGGGUCUUUCUCAAGGUCUCCUCUCUACAAAGCACAACACUAAUGUAUGUUUUGUUAGACCUCAGUUCAAGCGUCCCUAUUUAUUUCAGUAAGAAUACACCUAUCCCAGCCGCUUUUGUUUGCCCUGUUUAUUCAUUAUCUGUUUCUAUCUUCCUUUACCCCUUGUCCUUUUCCACCCCUUUGAAGAGUUAACGCUAGUGACUCUUACUCCGCGUAUCCUUUUUCGUUUGUGUAGAAGGUACAAGGACAGCCAUGGGGACAUUUAUGUAAAUACGUCUCUCUCUAACUGCCACACUGCAGCCUAACCGUGUGUAGUAUUUUCCCAGUCAGCUUUGCCAUACUGAUGUCAACCACCUAAGAGAAAUUAUUCAGAUUUUAUUUUUGUAUCUGUGGUAACAAAACAUUAACCAAAAGAGUUUGUUUGGAAGCUUUCCCCGAACCUCCCCCCACCCCCCCCCAAAAAAACCCACCAAGCUAUUUGCUCACAUUAACAAAUUAAAGUGCCUGAAGCAUAAUUCAUUCUUUACCUGUAUACUAAAAACCCCGUUGUAUUGAUUUUUUUAUAAUAAGCCUUUUUACCUCUGUGUAAAAAAUAUAUAUACAAGUGUAUGAUGUACAUUUUAGUUCUUAACUUUUUUUUAUGGUUUCUAAUAUGUAUGACCAAUGUAGCCAUUGCUUUAAAAUGUACCAUGUAAAUAUAAACACAUCCUAUCAGA